AAUAAUUAAGCGUUGGAGAGUUAUCAAAGUGUGUUUUUUUUUGCUUUGCAUGACAUAAAAAAUCAAAAGAUCUGAAGGUGGUUUCUUUUUACUGCCUUUCAUCUGGUUUCUGACAAUGGGAACUGAAGUUUGGGCUUAUAAUGUUGUAGCUCGAGGGAGCUGUGUUUCCCAUAGAGGCGAGAAAUGUUUCGAAAAAACUGGGAAUUUGUAUCAAUGAAUGGUUUGAAUGAACUGGUGGAAGCAGUUGAUUUGGAUGCAAUGUUAAAGGCAUUAGCUCCCGGGUUGUUGAUUUCUUCGCUUCUGAUAUCGGUGUCGGCAGCCGAUGACGGCUUUCCGAGGUGUAAUUGCGACGACGAGGGGAGUUUUUGGAGCAUCGAGAGCAUUUUAGAGACUCAAAGAGUGGGUGAUUUCUUGAUUGCCGUGGCGUAUUUCUCGAUCCCGAUCGAACUGCUUUACUUUGUUAGCUGUUCAAAUGUGCCAUUCAAAUGGGUGCUCUUUGAGUUCAUUGCUUUCAUCGUGCUCUGUGGAUUGACACAUUUGCUCAAUGGCUGGACCUAUGGUCCCCAUCCCUUUCAACUCAUGUUGGCUCUAACCGUGUUCAAGAUUCUCACCGCGCUGGUCUCGUGUGCAACCGCUAUUACGCUUAUUACGCUCAUUCCGUUGCUUCUCAAGGUCAAGGUGAGGGAGCUUAUGCUGAAGAAAAAGGCUUGGGAUCUCGGGCGAGAAGUCGGUCUUAUAAUGAAACAGAAGGAGACUGGUGCCGACGUCCGUAUGCUAACUCAAGAAAUCCGUAAAUCGUUGGAUAGGCACACCAUUUUGUACACGACAAUGGUGGAGUUGUCCAAGACAUUAGGUUUGCAAAAUUGUGCUGUAUGGAUGCCUAAUGAGAUCAAGACCGAGAUGAAUCUGACUCAUGAACUUAAAGGGAGGAACUAUUCAUAUAAUUUUACCAUUCCGAUUUCCGAUCCAGAUGUCGUGAAGAUUAAAGGAAGUGAUGGAGUGAACAUUCUUGAUUCUGACUCGGCUCUUGCGACUGCAAGCAAUGGAGAGUCUGGUGAGCCAGGACCUGUGGCUGCUAUUCGGAUGCCAAUGCUUCGAGUAUCCAAUUUUAAAGGGGGAACUCCCGAGCUAGUUCAGACGUGCUAUGCGAUAUUGGUUUGUGUCCUUCCGAGUGAACAAAAUAGAUCUUGGAGCAACCAGGAACUAGAGAUAGUUAAGGUCGUUGCAGAUCAGGUGGCUGUGGCGCUCUCUCAUGCUGCUGUUCUUGAAGAGUCUCAACACAUGAGGGACCAAUUGGUUGAGCAAAACCGAGCAUUGCAGCUGGCACGGCAGAAUGCCAUGAGGGCAAGCCAAGUUAGGAAUGCAUUCCAAAAGGUAAUGAGUGAUGGAAUGAGGAGGCCAAUGCACUCGAUUUUAGGUUUGCUUUCGAUGAUGCAGGAUGGAAAUCUGAAUAAUGAUCAACGAAUUAUCGUUGAUUCAAUGAUGAAAACCAGUAAUGUGCUAUCAACCUUGAUAAACGAUGUGAUGGAUAUUUCAACAAUGGAUAGUGGAAGAUCCCCAUUGGUGAAAAGAUCUCUUCGAUUACAUUCCAUGAUAAAAGAAGCCGCUUGUCUCGCCAAGUGCUUGUCUGUUUAUAGGGGUUUCGGUUUUUCAAUUGAGGUUGAUAAAUCAUUGCCCGAUCUUGUUUAUGGUGAUGAUAGGAGAGUUUUUCAGUUGAUACUGCAUAUGGUUGGGAGUCUAUUAGAUGGCAACAGUGAAGGCGGAACUGUAGUGCUUCGGGUGGUCUCCGACAAUGGUAGUCAGGAAUGGAAUGAUCAGAGACGGGCUGCAUGGAGGAGCAGCUCUUUGGAUGGAGAUGUACAUAUCAGGUUCGAGAUUAGGAUUGACAAUUGCAACUCUCAGUCGGAGGGAAGCUUGAUUUCGGAGGUACAGAUCAGUGGGAGAAAAUAUAACAACCAUAGAGCUGAGGAACGGUUGAGCUUCAGCAUUUGCCAAAAGCUAGUGCAGCUCAUGCAUGGGAACAUCUGGGUGGUACAAAAUCCUCGAGGUUCUGCUCAAGGCAUGGCACUUGUUAUUCGGUUUCAGGUCCGACCAUCCAUCAGUAUAACGAUAAACGAGUCUGGAGAAUCUUCGGACCAGCCGUGCUCUGACUCUCUUUUCAAGGGCUUGCAAGUCUUACUUGCUGAUGACGACGAUGUGAACCGUGCUGUGACUCGAAAACUUCUCGAGAAGUUGGGAUGCAGUGUGUCUGCUGUGUCAUCCGGAUUUGAUUGCCUCGGUUCUAUCAGACCAGCCUCAUCUCCAUUCCAAAUCGUCUUUUUGGAGCUUCAGAUGCCAGAGUUAGAUGGAUACGAAGUUGCAAUGAGAAUCCGGAAAUUCCGAAGUCGUAAUUGGCCUUUGAUUGUUGCCAUGACUGCUAGCGCCGAAGAAGAUAUAUGGGAAAAAUGUUCACAGAUCGGAAUCAACGGAGUCAUUCGAAAACCAAUGCUGUUACAAGAAAUCGCCAUCGAGCUUCGGAAAGUCCUGAUGCAGGCCAACCAAGUUUAAGUCACGGAAUCGCUUCAGCCUCACCAUGCGUACUGCAUCAACAUGUCACGACACAUCAUUUACGAUCGAAAUGGUAUACAAAGCUCCCAUUUUACCUCUCCUCUCAGGCUUAGUGUGUUCGUUU